GGCAGAAACAGUUAAAGAUGAUCAGCGAAGAGGAUGCUGAGAGGGAAACGCUCGGCCCCAGAGAAAAGAGGCGCGUCUUCCUAUGGGAUGAAAGCCAUCCUUUGAGGACAGAAGAGCGGACUUUCCUUCGGGGCAGGAGGCGAUGCUGGGGGCUCAGGGAGCACAGAUACGGGAAGGGUAAACGGGACUUGGCCCAGAACAGAAAAAGGACUUUUAAAAAAAAAAACAGAGGGGAAGGGCAAGCUCUCUAGCUUGUUAAAUGAGAGCAGGAUUGCAAAAGGCUCAAAAGUGAACCUCGAAAGGCAGCAUGGGGCUGAGAAUAGGGGACUGUGAAGAAAAAAUAAAGGUGAAUGGGGGGCAGGAGAUUAAGAAACGUUGGGAGGUGAAUGGGAAAGGGGAGAUCAACGGGAAAGCGGCAUCCAAUGGUCAGCUUCACGACGAGCGAGAGGCCAGAGGCAAGCCUCUGGGAGACAGCAGCCGACUGCCCCUGUACAGCUGGGAGGAAAUCAAGAAGCACAACCUGCACACAGACCAGUGGCUGGUGAUCCACAGAAAGGUCUACAAUGUCACCAAGUGGGCAGACAAGCAUCCAGGAGGUAGCCGGGUCCUCAAUCACUAUGCUGGGGAAGAUGCUACGGAUGUCUUCUUGGCCAUGCACCUGGAUCAGGCUGUGGUUCAGAAGUACCUAAAGCCGCUGCUGAUUGGGGAACUGGCCCCCGGGGAACCCAGUCAGGAAAAAAACAAAAAUGCCCAGCUGGUGGAAGAUUUCAGGACACUGAGAAAGACAGUUGAGGACCUGAAUUUGCUAGAGCCCAGUCUCCCCUUUUUCUUCAUGCACCUCACCCAGAUUCUAUUUUUAGAAGCUUUAGUUUGGUUCAUACUGAGAAGCUUUGGCAACGGCUGGCUCAUUACAGUGCUUAUCUCCUUUCUACUCACAGUUUCCCAGGCUCAAGCCUCAUUUUUGCAGCAUGACACAGGACAUCUCUCCAUAUUUAAGAAAUCCAAGUGGAAUCAUCUCAUGCAUAAUUUCGUGAUGGGGCAACUAAAGGGUAUGUCAGCAAAGUGGUGGAACUAUCGUCACUUUCAGCAUCACGCAAAGCCCAAUAUCUAUCCCAAAGACCCAGAUAUUGACAUGGGACCGCUUUUUGUGCUUGGGGAGUCGCAACCAAUCAAGUAUGGCAAGAAAAAAAUCAAAUAUAUUGAUUAUGAAAAGCAGCACCUAUACUUCUAUGUAGUUGGCCUUCCCCUACUUAUGCCAGUCUAUUUCAACAUGCAAUCUAUUCAAGUGACGUUCCUUCGGAAGGAAUGGAAAGAACUUGCCUGGAUCAGCAGCUUUUACAUCCGCUAUUUCAUCACCUACAGAGCUUAUUAUGGAAUUAUUGGGACUGUACUUCUCAUAUAUCUGGUCAAGCUGCUGGAAAGUCCCUGGAUUGCAUUGGUCACCCAGAUGAGCCACAUUCCAAUGAGGAUGAGUACAGAGGAGAACCAUGACUGGUUUAGCACACAGGUUUUGGCUACUUGUAAUGUUAAGCAAUCCUUCUUCAAUGACUGGUUCUCUGGGCAUCUCAACUUCCAAAUUGAACACCACCUAUUUCCUGUCAUGCCCCGCCACAAUUAUUAUAAAGUUGCACCACUCGUGAGGGCAUUGUGUGCCAAACAUGGAAUUGACUAUGUGAACAAGCCAAUGCUAAAGGCAUUUGGAGACAUUGUAAGGUCAUUGAAGAAGUCUGGGGAUCUCUGGGUGAAUGCUUACUACUACACUUGAGAAGAUACACAGUUAUUGGGCACGGGUUGGGGAAUGGGGAAGGUAUUUUCAUUGCUUUAUUGUCCUUGAAUGUUGAAGCACUUUGACUAUGCCAACUUAAUGUUUAUACAUUAUACAGAAGCCCCAGACCUUGCCUUGCAGGGCUAUCAUUCAAAAUUACAAACAGAAGAAAGAAAAGACUGCUUUGUUUCAGAGAAGGAAGGAAACAUGGGGUUCUGUUUUCUGUACAUCAAAACUUAGUCUUUUCAACAGGUCUAGUCUGCGCCAUCUGCUUAGGAAGGAAGUGCAAGAGUGAGCAAAGCAUUUCAUAAAAGUAAUUCACUGAGAAAGAAUUGACCCUAUAGAAAUUCCUAUUUCUCUAGAACUUAAGAUUUGCAGAGUAUAUUCUUUCCUCCUAAACAACCUUGAGAAGAAAUUUGUACGAGUGUUGUCAUAUACAUUUUACAAAUGAAGAAACUGAGGUCCAAAGAGGUUAAUCACAUAGGUAGCAGCAUUCAAUCCACUGUACUAUGAUAGUAGAUAGGGUUUAAAGGAGGGAGGAACAAAUCAUUUUUCCUCCCAAACAGAUCUGCCAUAAAUAAUGUCUUCUUCUUUAGGGAAAAUUAGAUAUUUACAUAUAGUUGGCAAAACACUUAGGCACUUUGUAAUGAGGGAAUUUCACAGUUGAGCAACCUGAAGUUCCUAGAAAAGAAGUCAGGUGGUUAUGCUUACAGAAAUGUAGGAAGCAAGAUACAAAUCUAUGUCCCACUUGAUGUCAUGUCCACCUGGAGCUCUAUUAUGACACCAUCUCUUGGACCCAUAAACCUCCUUAGAAAAUCCCUUUGUUCAUCAGCCCCAAGGCCUGCACUUCUGGCUUAGGUUCCCUGAACUACAAAGCCAGUGUUGUUGCUUCAUCAAACAACCCAUAAAAUUGUAGAGAACUGGAAUCAGUACAGAGAUCUGACCCAGCUAAGGCAUAGAGCCAAUGGAGGGUCAUAUGACAAAGAAUCCAUACUGCCUCAUCACCUUGGCCUUUUAAAAUCCUUCAAUGAGAAUCCCCUUCUAAUUCUUCCUAAUCUUUCUCUCCUCAAAUUGACUUUUAUUUAUUACUCUGUCCAAAGGCUAUAUCUCCCCAAGAAAAGAAAAGCUGCUUGAAGGCAGGCACCAAUUUGUCUUUGUACCCCCAGUGCCUAGCACAGUCCCUAACAAAUAUUUUGAUGGUGAAAAUGUCAUAGGGGCAGCUAGGUGGUGCAAGGAUAGAGCACCAACCCUGAAGUCAGGAGGACCCGAAUUCAAAUCUGGCCACUUAACACUUCCUAGCUGUGUGACCCUGGGCAAGUCACUUAACCCCAAUUGCCUCAGAGAAAAUAAAAAGAAAAUAUUUUUCAUAUAAGUUUUAUCCUUCAAUAUUCAACUUGGGUCUUACCUCACUUAAGAACCUUUUCCUGACUCCUUGGGUAAUCAGUAUUAUCUUUCCUCAAAGAAUCUUAUGUCUCUGUUUAUAUUCUAUGUUCUCCAUUAGAAUGUAAGCUCCUCGAGGGCAGGAAUUAUUUCAUUUCUAUAUUCCCAGCACAGUGCUUUGGAAAAUAGGAAAAGGUUAUUACAAGGUUUUUUUUGGUAAAUUUUCUGGUAAAUUCUUAUCAACCCCUUAGAGAUAAGAUUGAAGGACUUCUUAGUCCUCACAUAAGGCAGAGAAACACUUCUCAGAUCAAUUUAAGUGAUGUUAAUGUGGGAUAUAACUAGGAUUAGUCUAUUUCUGUGAUCCAAGAUGAAAAUGGAAAAGCUAUCCAACAACUUUCAGCUCCAGAACUCACACUCCUAAAAACAGCUUCUCCAGCAACAAUCCGAUACAAGAAAUUGUAUCAAUAUCGCUCACGCUACAAGCAACAGUUAUACAUACUUUCUCCAAUAAAAUUUGAAUUACUGGA